AUGCAAAAGUUGUUGAUUGUUGCUUUGGGCCUUGUGGCUGCUGUUAAUGGAGGAGUUAUUGGAGGUGGUGCAGGUGGCUCAGGAGCAUGGUUGGGUGGUGGUUCGGGAGCUGGACGAGGAUGGUCAUCGGGUGGUAGCGGAUGGAAUGGAGGUGGUUCUGGAUGGUCAGCUGGAGGCGGUAGUGGAGGUUGGCCAGCAGCUGCUGCUCCAUUAGCUAGCAGUGGAGGAUGGAAACUUGGUAGCAGUGGUGCAGGAGGUGCUGGUGCAUGGCAAAGUGGUGCAAGUGCUUGGCCAAGUUCAUCCGGUGGUAGUGGAUGGAAAAGUGGUGGAGGUCUUGGAUCGGGAUGGCAAGGAGGUCUUGGAGGAGUAGGAGGUGGAAGUGCUUGGCCAAGUUCAUCUGGUGCAAGUGCCUGGCCAAGUUCAUCUGCAGGAAGUGCCUGGCCAGGUGCAUCUGUAGGAAGUGGCUGGAAGAGCGGAGGUGCAGGAUCUGCUGUGUCUGCUUGGCCCUCUGCUGGUCUCAGUGGUAAUAGUCAUGUAUCUGGAGGUUAUGGAAGCGGCAGUGGAUGGCCAAGUGUAUCCGGAGGAAGUGGUUGGGCCAGUGGAGUUUCUGGUGGUUCGACUGGUGGAUGGCAACAGGGUGGACAAGGUGGUCAAGGUGCUGGAUGGUGGUAG